CGCAGAGCUCGGACCCCGGCUGAGAAGCGCAGACCUGGCGGUCAAGUAGCAGAAGGGGCAGAGCCCCCAGGACACGAGCACUCGGUGUCCUCCCAGCGUCUGGACACUGCAUCAGCGCACCGCAAGAUCACGGUGCUUUGGACCCUGCUUUGCUGAGAAUGAGGUGGUCUUCACACACAGCCCCUUUACAGCUUUGGGGAAGCAGUAGAGAGCGUAGAACCCAUCUACAGGCAGAGUCCUAGAAACCCGGCAAAAUGAAGGACCGGCUUGCAGAACUUCAGGAAUUGUCCAGGAGCUAUGACCAACAAUUCCCAGAUGGGAACGACGACUUUGACGCUCCCCACGAGGACAUCGUGUUCGAGACCGACCACAUCCUGGAGUCCUUGUACCGGGUCAUCCAGGACAUCCAAGAUGAAAACCAGCUGCUUCUGAUCGACGUGAGGCGCCUGGGGAGGCAGAACGUCCGCUUCCUCACGUCCAUGAGGCGCCUCAGCAGCAUUAAGCGCGACACCAAUUCCAUCGCCAAGGCCAUCAAGACCCGGGGCGAAGGCAUCCACCAGAAGCUGCGCUCCAUGAAGGAGCUGAGCGAGCAGGCGGAGGCCCAGCAUGGCGAGCACUCGGCGGUGGCGCGCAUCUCACACGCACAGUACAGCGCGCUGGCCCGCGCCUUCCAGCAAGCCAUGUAUGAGUACAACCAGGCAGAGAUGAAACAGCGCGACAACUGCAAGAUCCGCAUCCAGCGGCAGCUGGAGAUCAUGGGCAAGGAUGUGUCGGGCGAGCAGAUCGAGGACAUGUUUGAGCAGGGCAAGUGGGACGUGUUCUCCGAGAACCUGCUGGCCGACGUGAAGGGCGCGCGGGCGGCGCUCAACGAGAUCGAGAGCCGCCACCGCGAGCUCCUACGCCUCGAGGGUCGCAUUCGCGACGUGCAUGAGCUGUUCCUGCAGAUGGCUGUGCUGGUGGAGAAACAGGCGGACACGCUGAACGUCAUCGAGCUCAACGUGCAGAAGACUCUUGACUACACGGGUGAAGCCAAGGCGCAGGUGCGCAAGGCGGUGCAAUACAAGAAGAAGAACCCCUGCAGGACCAUCUGCUGCUUCUGUUGCCCCUGUGUCAACUAGCAGCUGGCUUGGGCCUCCACUGCAUGUAGGAUGCCAGCCAAAGCAUCCUGUGCUGGGCCGAGGGAGAGGAUCCCAAUACCUUACAGAAUUCAGAGCAUAGAGAAAGUGGGGGUUGGGAUGCAAGAUUUGGAACCUGACACCUGCCUACAAGGGAUGGUUGUUAGCAUCCAAUGGCUCCUUAAUGUAGGCAGAUUUCCACCGGCAUUGUGUGAUGUCAUUAUAAAAUACAUAGCACUCAGCAUUACCGGGAGGAACUAAUAUCAUUGCUAAGAUUCAUGUCUUGAAGUCUAAAGGAGGAAGCCAAGCGAAAGUAUGCUAAUAGUAUGAGCACAUUAUCAAAAGUUACCUUCGUUUAUCCUCUCUAGAAAGUUCCUAGGUGCUACACGAUUUUGAGUGACAUUCACUUCAGUAUUCCUCACUUCUGUUCAAUUUCAAGUAACUUUGACCUCGGGUAAGCUGGAUGCCAUUCACUUCCAAUUAUCUAUGUUGUAUGAGUCCUGCGUGAACACCUUUCCUUGAAUCGCUCCCCCUACGCAUUAACCCGCACUGGACACUGGUUCCUUAGCUUGCUCACGUUUUAUAAUGUCUACCAGUUUAUAUAUGAAUAUUUUUUAAGCACCAAAUAUUGAACGGGCACUCAAGUUGAACUUUAUAUUGGUCACAUUUUAUGGAUUUUUCACAGAUAACAUUUAUUUAAAAAUGUAUCUUUGUACUUCAUUUCAUAUGAAUAUGGGUGUAAAUGUAAACUAAUCUUCAGUCGCAAGUGUAUAUUAAAGGCUAAUUGGAUUGACUUUGUUUUUGGAAAUUCUGUAUAUAAGCAACAAGAGCUUUUUUGGUACAUGUCAGUGUUUGGUGGUCUCCAGGGUAUUUCAUUCCUGUCUGCACAAUCCAGUUUGGGUCAAACUUUAUUCUGAACAACUGUGUACUGUCAUUAAUAAAGAUAAGCAAGAAAGAUUGGAAACCUGUGAAACAGCUAGAGAUAGUAAAGUGAGGGUCUUUGAAAUAGUAAUUUACCUUACUGAGAGCCAGUCCUUUCUCCAUUAAAGCAGAGAGAAGUAAAGUAAAAUCUUGAUUUUUAAAUAAGUUUAAUAAACACGACAUUAUAACCA